GACGGAUGUCAACCUUCCUUUCAUCACCGCGGACCAGUCGGGCCCGAAGCACCUGAACAUUCAGCUCUCCCGGUCGAAACUGGAGCAGCUCGUCGAUCCGUUGCUCUCCCGGACCAAGAACCCAUGUGAGGCCUGCAACAAGGAUGCCGGCGUCAAACCCGACGAGAUCAAUGAGGUCCUCCUUGUCGGAGGCAUGACUCGCAUGCCAAAGGUCACCGAGCUGGUGCGUUCGAUCUAUGGCAAAGACCCCUCGAAGGCGGUGAACCCGGACGAGGCCGUGGCCAUGGGUGCUGCCAUUCAGGGCGGUGUCCUGAAGGGUGACGUGAAGGAUGUGCUUUUGUUGGAUGUGACUCCCCUGUCGCUGGGCAUCGAGACGCUGGGAGGCGUUUUCACCCGUCUGAUCAACAGGAAUACGACGAUCCCCACAAAGAAGUCGCAAGUUUUCUCCACUGCGGCAGACAACCAGACACAGGUGGGCAUCAAGGUCUUCCAGGGGGAGCGUGAGAUGGCAGCAGACAACCAGAUGUUGGGACAGUUUGACCUGGUCGGCAUCCCACCGGCCCCCCGCGGCGUGCCACAGAUCGAGGUGGCAUUCGACAUCGACGCCAAUGGCAUUGUCAAUGUCAGCGCGUCUGACAAGGGGACGGGCAAGAAGCAGGCCAUCACCAUCCGGUCCAGUGGCGGCCUUUCGGAUGCCGAGGUCGAACGCAUGGUGCAAGAAGCGGAGCAGAUGCGAGAAACUGACCAAAGGAAGAAGGACACAGUGCAGGCCAAGAACGAGGCCGAGACCCUCGCCUACCAGGCGGAGAAGCAGCAGACAGACCUCAAAGACAAGAUGAGCACUGCGGAUGCAGAUGAGCUGAGGAAGCUCACCGAGGACCUCCGAGCAUGCAUGGCCAACGAUGAUGCCGACCUCGAUGAGGUGAAGCAGAAGACCAAGGAGUUGCAGGAGAAGGUGUGGAAGAUCACGCAGCAGGCAUAUCAGCAGGGAUCUGCCAGCGAGGACUCCAAGCCCGAGGAGGCUGCUCAGGAGAAGACAGAGGAGAAGGAGAAGAAGUGA